AUGAGUAAUGGCUCUUUUGGUCUUACAGUGGAGGAAUUAACGGAGAUGCAUCAAACUAAAAACCUAAAUAUCUUAUCCCAAUGGGGAGGAUUCACAGGUCUAUCGAAACUCUUACGAACAGACCUCAAAAGAGGUAUUGAUUGGGAUAAAGAGGGAGACUUUGAAGAAAGAAUUAAUACCUUUGGCAUCAACGUCUAUCCCGAACCACCUGCUAGAAGUCUUAUUAGAAUAUUCUUUGACUCGCUUAAUGAUACAACACUAAUUAUUCUUCUGGUAUUUGCUUUCUUUUCUAUGGUUUUCGGUGUUGCUUUCCCAGAUGAAGAGGAGGAAAGACCAUAUGGUUGGAUUGAAGGCUGUGCAAUUUUGUUGGCUGUAGCUAUUGUUACAACUGUAGUUACUGUAAAUGACUACUCUAAGGAAAGAAAGUUUAGAUCACUCACAAAAGAGUCUAAGAAAGUUCAAGUCAAAGUAAUUAGAAAUGGAAACAAUCACAGUAUUCUUGUAGACAGUAUCCUUGUCGGCGAUAUUGUUGAAAUUGAACAAGGUGAUGGUAUUCCAGGUGACGGACUGUGUAUUGAAUCAAAUCAGUUAAAAACGGACGAAUCUGUCAUGACAGGCGAACCUGAUCUCAUUAAGAAAAAUACCACAGAAAGUCCAUUCUUACUCAGUGGUUGUACAGUUGCUGAAGGAUCUGGUAAAAUGAUUAUUGUUGGUAUUGGUGUAAAUAGUGAAUGGGGAAGAACUCUUCAAAGUUUAAAGGAGGCUGAUGAAGAUAAGGGAGAAACCCCACUCGAACAAAAGCUAGACCAACUCUCUGUAAAUAUUGGUAAGGUGGGUAUGCUCUUUGCUGCCUGUACUCUAGUGGUCCUUCUAAUUGGUUAUUGGAUUAAAAAGUUAAUGUACACCACAACAUGGAAUGAUUCAACAAAUGGAUUUGAAGAAGCAUGGGCUGAUAAGAAUAUUGUUGAAAUUGUCAAGUUCUUUGUCAUUGCUUUAACCAUUAUUGUUGUUGCUGUUCCUGAAGGUUUACCAUUGGCUGUCACUAUUGCUUUAGCUUACUCUGUGCGUAAAAUGAUGAAAGACCAAAACUUGGUUCGUCACUUGGCGGCUUGUGAAACCAUGGGAGGAGCAAACAAUAUUUGCUCCGACAAGACUGGUACACUUACUUUGAAUCAAAUGAGAGUGACCCAUGCUUACUUUGGAGGUCGUUAUUUUGGAGAUCAGCUUGGAUCGUUAUUAUCCACCCUGAGCUCAAACAUUCUUCAAAUUUUGAUUGAUGGUAUUGUGGUAAAUUCCAAAGCAAAUCUUGUAAAGAAUGAAGAUAAUAAGAAUAAGGAGUAUGCCACUCAGGGAAGUAAAACGGAGGCAGCUCUUUUGCUUUUGAUUGUCAAACAUCUCAAUCAAACAAUCGAUUCCUACAGAGAACGAAGAUCAGACCUGAUGAGCGAAGAAAGAGGAUGUCAUUUGCAACUUCCAUUCUCAUCCAAGCUCAAAAGAAUGAGUACCUUAAUUCCAAAUCCUGAUGGAGAUACAAAAUAUAGGUUAUUUACAAAGGGUGCCUCUGAAAUUGUUGUCAAACUUUGCUCUAAAUAUAUGAGAUCAGAUGGAAGUCUUGAGACUAUGACUAAGGAAAAAGAACAAGAAAUUGUGCGUUACAUUGAAGAAAUGGCCAAUCAAGGCCUCAGAACAAUCUGUCUUGCAUAUAGAGAUGUAAAUCCAGAGGUUGAUUUUUCUUCAAGGGAGGAAGAAACAACAUAUCUUGAUAACUUGGAUCCAGUAAGUUUGGAAGAAAAUCUCAUCUGUAUUGGUGUUGUUGGUAUUAAGGAUCCUCUCAGACCAGAAGUCCCAGCAGCUAUUGCCCAAUGUAAAAAAUCUGGUAUUAUUGUUAGAAUGGUUACUGGUGACAAUAUUCUUACUGCCAAAUAUAUUGCUAGGGAAUGUGGUAUCUUGAGCAAGGAUGGUAUUGCCAUUGAAGGUCCUGAUUUUAGAAAAAUGACUCCAGAACAAGUUCAUGAAAUUCUUCCAAGACUCCAAGUUAUGGCUAGAAGUUCUCCAACAGAUAAGUAUAAUCUUGUCAAAUAUUUAAAGAAGAGAGGUGAUGUAGUUGCUGUCACAGGAGACGGUACUAAUGAUGCUCCUGCUCUUAAAGAGGCUGAUGUUGGUUUGAGUAUGGGUUUGAGUGGAACUCAAGUUGCUAAGGAAGCAUCAGAUAUCAUUAUUCUAGAUGACAAUUUUUCUUCAAUUGUGAAAAGCGUUUUGUGGGGCAGAUCUAUCUUUGAAAAUAUCAGAAAGUUCUUAACCUUCCAAUUGACUGUCAAUAUUGUUGCCUUGGUUUUGACCAUUGUUUGUGCUAUCAGCUCAACUUUUGUUAACCACUCGGGUGGAUUUAAGCCUCCUCUCAGUCCUGUGCAAAUGUUGUGGAUUAACUUGAUCAUGGACACCUUUGCAGCUCUUGCGCUCGCCACUGAACCCCCAAUCCCUGAAUUGUUGGACAGAAAACCUCAUGGAAGAAAAGAAGGUCUAAUAACCGUUAAGAUGUGGAUCUUUUUGAUUGCCCAGGCUGUUUUCCAACUUACUGUUUUGUUUGUACUUUACUAUGGUGCUAAGACAUACAGAGCUGGUUCAUUCUCCUUCGCAAGAGAUGAUGAUGAAGUAAGAACUGUUGUUUUCAAUGCAUUCGUGUUUUGUCAAGUAUUCAAUGAGUACAAUGCAAGAAAGAUCAAUUUUGAGUACAAUAUCUUUUCAGGAUUGCACAAGAGUAUCAUGUUUGUUGUUAUCAGUGUAAUUAUUAUUGUUUUGCAAAUUUUAAUGGUAAAUUUUGCAUACUAUGACCCUUCAUUGCUUGCCACAGGAAAGGCUGAUGGCACUCACCCAUCUAACUUUACUCAAACCAUUCCACUCAACUGGUAUCAAUGGUGCUUGACUGUUUCCAUUGGUUUUCUUGGUAUCCCAUAUGGAUAUGUUAUUAGAUUUGUUGCUAGAAUUAUUUUUGCAAUUAUUGAAAGAAAGAGAAAGAACAAAGUUUUUGAUGAGCAAUCUGAAACCGUUACUACUCCAGACAGUGAUUUUUAA